AUGUCGUCCGGAGGACAAAAUUCGAAUAAUAAUCAAGCUGGCGUGAUUCCAGCCGGUGAUUCAAACCAAGUUAUUCCAGCCGGCACGGUUGGUACUGGUCCACAAAGCACUCUCAAUCCAAACGUUGCGCAUACCAAGGCUGAUUUAGACAAUCAUGCUAAUCAAUUAAAUCCGAAUAAUCCACGAUAUGCAGGUCAUCAGGAACGUCUUGUCGCCGUCGAAGCUAGCCGUGAAGCAGCCGCUUUUCAUCAAGAAGCUCAAUCAGCUUACCAAUAUGCAAAUCAAUUGGAAGCCGCUGCUAUCGAAGCACAAGCAGCUGCCAGUCAGUUAAAUCAACAAGCUGCCAUGUAUGCACAGCAAGCAAGUAUGGGGUUACCAUCUCGUGGAGCUGGUAGAGGACGUGGCAGGGGUCGAGGCCGAGGUCGUGGACAAGGUGGCCGUCAACCAAAUCAGGGAGAUCAACAGGACGAUAAUAAUGAACAUCAGGAAGACGAAGGUGACUACGACGAAGUUGAUGACGAAGAAGAAGAACACGAAACACCCAAUAAGAAUCAACAAUCAACUAACAAUAACAACAACAACCAGGGAUUGCCACAACGUCAAACAGCUCAAACAUAA